AUGUCGGUCCACAGGGCAGUGUGGCAGGACAUUGCGGACAUGGACACAGCCAAGGCCGAUGUGUUGACGACGGAGACGGCGUUUUUGACCAAGAACACGGCGCGAUUCGAUGCAUUGUCGCUCCGAGCAUGGCGGUGUUGUGCCAAGCGGAGUCGCAACUCAGCCCGACCGCGCUGGGUCCUCGAGCUGGGACCGCAUGCACUUGCUAGCAGCCAUCACCGCACGCCGCAAACGCGCUGGACCGGUUUCGUGGACUCAAGCAGGCAGGCGGUGGUGAGACAACAUGCCAGGGCCGAGAAUGAAAACACCGGACGAUGCAAUGCAGGCGGUCCUGGUGGCUGGUCGGAAGGCCAUGCAUCCCAAGCGGGUCUACAGGAGGCAGGGGAGCGAUGGCACCAAAUGGGAAGUACGAAAUAA